GGCAUGACGUAGCAAGAAGCGGCAGAGUGAAACUCCUAUUGGCUAGCGGCGAAAUUUUAAAUAUACACGCGCUCGUUGCGGUAGAACCCAAACGCAAACGGAAUAACUGUGAGGAGCUGGUUGCUGCUGCUCGGUCGGUCGGUCGGUAAAAAAUAGUGGGACACCGCUCGAGUGGGAUUCAACCUUACUGGAAGAGGAAAACCAUGGAGAACGCCGUGUUGAGCCUCCAGAGUUUAUAUGAGAAGAUGCGGUCGCAAAUUGAACUUCUCAACGAGGCCGUGGAACCCAGCUUCAUUCUCAUGGCUCAGAACUUUGAAGACUGCCGAUGCAAGUGGCUGAUGGCGGAGGAGAAUCUAGAAUCCUGCAAGGAGAUUCUGACCAAAACUGAGACCGAGAGGGGGUCCUUGGAGGUGAAAUUGAAGCAUGCCCGAAAUCAAGUGGAUGUGGAGAUUCGGCGGAGGCAGAAGGCUGAGGCUGACUGCGAUAAGCUGGACCGUCAGAUUCAGUUAAUCAGGGAUCUUCUAACAAGCGAGGGCUCUUCGAACAGCAUCCAGCUAAGUGCAGAGCAGCGCUCGGCUCUGGCCUUCCUCAACACUAACAGCCAGGGAGCAGCCACUCUGAAUACCAGCCGAAGACUGACCACCAUAGAUGAGUCCGCCUCCAUCUUAUCAGAUAUCAGCUAUGACAAAACUGACGACUCCCUUGAUUGGGACUCGUCCGCUGUGAGGCCAGUGCGACUCAGGAAGCGACAAAAGAGGCGAUCAUCUAGACAUCAUGUGGACGGCCCUUCAGGUGUUUCUAAAAGAACUCGGUCAACAGGUGUGACGCAGGAGCGGGCCAAUGAGAGCCUGGUGACCACCACCACUGUGACUGUCCCGGCAGAUGGCGGACCUGUUGAGGCAGUUUCUACUAUUGAGACGAUUCCUUAUUGGACUCGUAGCAGGAGAAAGACUGCUACCAUGGAGUCGGACUCUGAAUCAGUCACGUCUGCGGAUGUUUUCAAGCAGCCCAUCAACCCAGAAGUUGAGAAAAAAAAUGAGCCCGCGACGCCGCAGAAAAACAAAGGUGUCCGUCAGCAUGAGUUUGUUUCCAAAACGGUCAUCAAGCCCGAGUCCUGCGUGCCUUGCGGGAAGAGGAUCAAGUUUGGCAAGAUUGCCUUGAGGUGCUGCGACUGCCGGGUGGUUUCGCACCCAGAGUGUCGGGACCGAUGCCCUCUGCCCUGCAUCCCUAUCCUGGGAAGUACACCUGUAAAAAUUGGGGAGGGUGUGCUUGCAGACUACGUCCCAGCCGUUUCGCCAAAGAUUCCCCCUCUCGUGGUCCACUGCAUUGCUGAGAUUGAGCAACGAGGUUUGCAUGAGGCUGGACUGUACCGACUGUCUGGUGCUGAUCGCACAGUAAAGGAGCUGAAGGAGAAGUUUCUACGCAGUAAAACUGUUCCUGUGCUGAGCAAAGUGGACGACAUUCACGCUAUCACUGGACUCCUCAAGAACUUCCUCCGCAACCUCAAGGACCCUCUCCUCACCUUCCACCUGAACCGUCAAUUCAUGGAAGCUGCUGAGGCUCCAGAUGAUGACAACAGCAUAGCACUGAUGUACCAAACUGUCAGUCUCCUGCCCAAUGCCAAUAGAGACACUCUGGCCUUUUUGAUCCUCCACCUUCAGAGAGUGGCUGAGAGUUUUGACACAAAGAUGGACAUCAGUAACCUGGCUCGGGUGUUUGGUCCCACGAUCGUGGGUCAUGCCGUUCCCAACCCGGACCCCAUGACCAUUUUACAGGACACCAAACGGCAACCAACGGUUGUGGAGCGUUUGCUGAACCUUCCGGCGAGUUACUGGGCCCAGUAUGUGAAAUCUGAAAAUGUGCAGCCACGCUUGGAUCACUUGAUUAUCCAGAACUCAAACUGCUACACCCCCGAGAGAGUGACCUUGCUUGGCCCCCUUACUCCAGAGCAGCAGAUGAAUAAAACACCGUCUUCCAGCUCACUGUCGCAGCGCUUUAAAUCCACGCUGACACCCAGAUUUGGGAGUAAGAGCAAGUCAGCAGCUGCACUUCCUCAAGGGAAGUUCUUUCAAUCUCCACUACUUAAAUAAUUCAAAUAAUUGUUUUUCCCCUCUGCAACACUUGUUUGUUUUUGUCUGACACCACAAAGAGAUGUACUUUUGUUGUUUUACCUGUUUUCAAACUGCCUUUUUAGUUUUUAAAUCAGACUGAAUGACAAUGUUCUGUACACUUUUUAUAAAUGUGCAUGUUAGAAGUAUGGAAAGCAACCUACACUGACCUGCCUCAACAUUAUGACCUCUUGCACAGUGUGAUAGCCAAUGCAAGAGCUGUAUCACACAUUUGGACUCUACAAAGAAAAUGUUCAGUUUUGAUUGACACUGUCAGAGAGAGUCAUUUAACAAUCUUUAUUGUGAUUGUAGUUUGCAGUUGAGUAUCAUGCUGAGAGCCGUUUUUAAUAUCUUUGACUCGUGACUAAUUAAGGUAACCAAAAUAGAAUCAGUUCCAUUAAUUUCUGACAGUCAAUCAAAAUGGAACAUGAUUAUAUUUGUAAAGGCAGAAUAUUUGUUACAGCUUUUGUGUUGGAUAGCAUUACAAUGUGCAUGUGGUCUAAAUGUUAUGGCUGGUUUUUGAAUUUCUCCAUUUAAUCUUAGACCACUUUUCAACUCAUGUGUCACUCAGAAGUUGAAGAGUAUUUUGAGGCAUUUCAUUAUUGAAGGUACACCUGGCUGUUUUAAGUUUACUCCAGUUGGAUGUUGAAUACCUUUAGAGAAUUGUUCUGUAGAUGUUUGUUGUGUACUUUCUUACUUUAAUAGUUAAAAUACAGUAUACAAUUUCUAAAAUUCA